GACCCAGGCCGCCAGGCGUCUGCCCUUGUUAAUUACCGGAGAAACCGACCAGGGAGCUCCGCCCGGGACUCGCCUGCCCGCAGCGGCGCCAGGCUCCGGUUUCUCCCCUAUCUCGCUGCUGCCCAGGUGCACCUCCUUCCUCUCCGCAGAAGAUGGACAUGAUGGAUGGCUGCCAGUUCUCGCCUUCUGAGUACUUCUACGAUGGCUCCUGCAUCCCGUCCCCCGAGGGCGAGUUCGGGGACGAGUUUGAGCCGCGAGUGGCUGCUUUCGGGGCGCACAAAGCAGACCUGCAGGGCUCAGACGAGGACGAGCACGUGCGAGCACCUACGGGCCACCACCAGGCCGGCCACUGCCUCAUGUGGGCCUGCAAAGCAUGCAAGAGGAAGUCCACCACCAUGGAUCGGAGGAAGGCGGCCACCAUGCGUGAGCGGAGACGCCUGAAGAAGGUCAACCAGGCUUUCGAGACGCUCAAGCGGUGCACCACGACCAACCCCAACCAGAGGCUGCCCAAGGUGGAGAUCCUCAGGAAUGCCAUCCGCUACAUUGAGAGCCUGCAGGAGCUGCUGAGGGAACAGGUGGAAAACUACUACAGCCUGCCAGGGCAGAGCUGCUCUGAGCCCACCAGCCCCACCUCCAGCUGCUCUGACGGCAUGCCCGAAUGUAACAGCCCUGUCUGGUCCAGAAAAAGCAGCAGUUUUGACAGCGUCUACUGUCCUGAUGUACCAAAUGUAUAUGCCACAGAUAAAAGCUCCUUAUCCAGCUUGGACUGCUUAUCCAGCAUAGUGGAUCGGAUCACCAACUCAGAGCAACCUGGAUUGCCUCUCCAGGACCCAGCAUCUCUCUCCCCAGUUGCCAGCACCGAUUCUCAGCCUGCAACUCAAGGGGCCUCUAAUUCCAGGCUCAUCUAUCAUGUGCUAUGAACUAAAAAUCUAGUCUAGAUCAGUUCUGCCAGGAGGGCCUAUUACACAGGAGGAAAGAUGCCAAAAAAGUCCAAAAGCAAGACAACCUGUAAAUAAACAUUUCUUUGCAGUUGUAAAUUUGUAAAUAUUAUCUUGCCACUUUAUAAGAAAGUGUAUUUAACUAAAAAGUCACUAUUGCAAUUAAUACUUUCUUUUCCUUUGUCUUGCUUUAGAUAUAUAGUUCCAGAGAUACUAUUUCUUAUAGGGGGCAGUUCAUCAAAGGUAGCUUGUUGCAAUGCUUAACUUAUACUUUUUAUAAAUAUUGCUUAUCAAAAUAUUACAUCUGAUGUUUAGAGCUUUAUUUUUUUUCUUUAAAACUUUAGAAUAGCUGUAAAUCAGUUAUAGGGAGUUUUAAAUAUAUUUAACUUUUUUGCUUGUCUCUUUAAUCCUUUGAUUAUAUUUUGUAAAAUAAAAAUAUAACAAUACUGCCUAAUGGUAUAUAUUUUGAUCUUAUAAGAAAUGCAUCUUUUUAAUGUAAGCACAAAAUAGUAUUUUGUGGAUGAUUUCAAGAUAUAAGAGAUUUUGGAAAUUUCACCACAAAUAAAAUUGUUUAAAUGA